ACCAAAUCCAUCAUCCCCACACAACAAUCAAUCUUCCUCUUCAUUUCAUCACCCUCCCCGGAAAAAUCCCAAUUCGAAAACCCUAGCUUACAAUCAUGCCCAUGGACAAGGACACCGACCUCCCCACCAACCUCGCCGUCUCCGCCGAGCAACCGACCAAGAUUAACGACGCCGAUGCACGGUUACCGGAGAAUCUUCAAACCGGCGUCGUAUCAGAUCCCGGAAGCGAGAAAGUAGAGGAAGGCGCGGAGACGACAGUGGCGGUGGAUGUUGAUGAGAGCGGAUCGAAUUCAGUUCCCCGAUCUUCUUCCGGUAGAGUUCCCUUCACUAAUCUCAGCCAAAUCGAUUCAGAUCUUGCUCUCGCUCGCACGCUCCAAGAACAGGAGCGGGCGUAUAUGAUGCUGACGAUGAACAGUGAGGUCAGUGAGUAUGGGAGCUGGGAGACUGGGAGCUAUGUAUACGAGGAGGAUGAGUUUGAUGACCCCGAGGAUGAGGAAGACGAUGAAUAUGAAACUGAUGAUGAUCCUCAGGCCGAAGUGAAUGCCGAUGGAGACGAAGGUCAAGGAGAUGACGGCGCGGAGGAAGUUGGAUAUUCAGAUGAUGAGGCUUUUGCUAGAGCUAUUCAGGAAGCUGAGGCAAGGGAAAUGGCUGAUAGGUUGUCUGCCUUGACUGAGUUUGCAAAUCGGGUUGAAGUUCUAGAGGAUGAUGAUCAUACUUCUGAGGAUGCCUGGGAUGAGAUGGAUCCUGAUGAGCUUUCAUACGAGGAGUUGCUUGCGCUUGGCGACAUUGUGGGAACCGAAAGUAGAGGGUUGUCUGCUGAUACAAUUGCAUCUUUACCUUCAAAAAGAUAUAAAGAUGGAGAAAAUCAGAACGGAACCAAUGAGUCGUGUGUUAUAUGUCGUUUAGACUAUGAGGAUGACGAUGACUUGAUACUGCUUCCAUGCAAACAUUCUUACCACUCAGAGUGCAUAAAUAACUGGUUGAAGAUAAACAAGAGACUCGAGAGAUUGAUCAAAAUGUUGAGGUCUGAAUCUUUGACUAGAUUGAAACUGGUCUUGUUACCUAAGAUGAAUGAGCUAUUACGAGAAGCAUCCAUGUUUUGUUGUUGUUCUCUUUGGAACAUGAACACAACGACUAUAGUAUUUGAUCGCCUACAUGACAAGCUGGCGAGUGGAGUGGCCCCAGCGUCGUAUGCUGAGGGUGAGAUUGGGCCACUCAGUGGUCGUGACCGAGAAAUCCUGGAGCCAGUCUGUGAGCAAGAUUUCUUGGUCUAA